AACUGUCACGUGACUCACUGGGUUAGAAGAAGCAUGGCGGACAUGCAUGCGGAGCUCCAAAACAAACUCCUGAUUUUUUUCAGUUAGUUGUAUUUUAAAAUAAUAUCCAACGAUCGUGACAGCAUCAACGUUGACUGCGUUGGACGUCCCACAGUAUAACAACAUGGACGAGGGGAAUAAGCUAGAAUUCCCCUCACUGCCUGCGUCCAAGGAGGAUCAAUUGGACUGGGCCUAUCCGAUGAGACGAGAUAUGCAGGAAAUUCUCCCAGGCCUGUUUUUAGGUCCGUACUCAGCCGCCAUGAAAAGCAAACUUUCUGUACUGGAGAAGCAUGGAAUAACGCACAUUGUAUGCGUGAGACAAGACAUUGAGGCCAACUUCAUCAAGCCAAACUUCCCACUAAAAUUUAGAUACCUCGUUUUAGAUAUAGCCGACAGUCCUGUGGAGAACAUUAUUAGGUAUUUCCCGUCGACAAAAGAAUUUAUUGAUGGAUGUUUAGAGGCUGGAGGAAAGCUCCUCGUUCAUGGGAAUGCAGGGAUUUCAAGAAGUGCUGCCUUAGUUAUUGCCUACCUUAUGGAAACGUUUGGCGUUAAAUACAGGGUUGCAUUUAGCCACGUGCAGGAGAGAAGGUUCUGCAUUAAUCCCAAUAUGGGCUUCGUGCAUCAGCUACAGGAAUACGAAGCGAUCUACCUAGCCAGGCUGACCAUUAAGAUGAUGUCUCCUGUCCAGCUGGGGCGGCCUUUUUCUAUCCAGGCUGGCAUGCCAGGAAGUUUGAAAAGGCCACUCGAGGAGGAUGACGACUUUGGGAGUAUGCAAGUGACGGCUGCACAGAAUGGAUAAGCUUUAAUGAGUGUUCAUUAGUUUUUGUUUUGUUUUGUUAGUUUCUUUUUUGUUACAUUUUUAUUGAGAUUAAAAAUGUAAAUAUUUGAACUUUUCUAAGGGGUGGGAAUUGGGGUCAAGGGGACCCAUGAAGCUGAGGGGGUUGGGCUUACUUUGAUCAUUGUUUUUGUUUUUGUUUUUCUUCCUGCAGCUGUAUAUGCACUGAUGAGGUUUUUUGCAGUUUUAUAGUAUUUAAGGCAUAUUGCAUUUGCAGCGGGACGGUAUUGCAAUAAUGCACUUUUGAUACUUGAAUUCUUGUCAUUUAGCAGGUCUGGGGCAGGUUGGCAAAAGGGAAGGUAAAGUCAGCCACUGCCUUUGUAAGG